CCUAGCCGCGGAAGAAGCCGGCAGCAGGUUCUUCGCAAUUUCAACCGUCGUUUAAUUUGUUAUCGGCUCCGACGAUCAUUUACCUCCUUCUCAACCUCCAACUAAUUCCUCUUUUGGAGUGGUAAUCAAGCCGGUUUACUUAAAAUCUGAAGAGGAAGGCAAAGCAUAUGAGGUCAGGGAACCAUAGCAUACUUCCCAGUAGCCGGAGGGCAACUCAGAAGCUUCGCUUGCUUGUAUCGCCCACAGCGGCUAGCGGCUCUAUCAAAGCCUCGACAGCUGCUAAGAUGAAGGCGUUAAUAUCCAUCUGCAUCGGCAUCACUAUUUUCCUCAUUGCUGCCCGAGCCGCUUCCGCCUUGGCUGCCCUGGCCUUUCACCGACUGCAUCACCGCCCCACGGCUUCUUUCUUUCCUGCUUCGCCGUCCAUCCCCAGGAAAGCGUACACAGUAUUGAUUAACACAUGGAAGAGAAAUGAUCUUUUGCAGAAAUCAGUUAUUCAUUAUUCAAAAUGUGCUGGAGUUAAUUCCAUACAUAUUGUGUGGAGUGAACCUAAUCGCCCAUCUGAUUUACUUUAUGAAGUUUUAAGAGAGGCUGUACAUUCAAAUUCUAUUCGUGGCAACAGUAUUGAACUUAUUUUUGACUUGAACCAAGAAAACAGUUUAAACAACAGAUUCAAGGAAGUCAAGGAUCUAAAAUCUGAUGCUAUAUUUUCAAUUGAUGAUGAUGUUAUUUUACCCUGCAAAUCAGUGGAUUUUGCUUUUAGUGUAUGGAAAAGUGCACCAGAAACAAUGGUGGGAUUUGUUCCACGUAUGCACUGGUUGGAUAACUCGAAUAGUAGUUUAGAUCGGUAUUUUUACGGUGGGUGGUGGUCAGUCUGGUGGACAGGCACUUACAGCAUGGUUCUUUCAAAGGCAGCUUUUUUCCAUAAGAAAUAUCUACAUUUAUACUCUACUAAUAUGUCUCAGUCAAUACGGAAUUAUGCAACGAAAAACAGAAACUGUGAAGAUAUUGCAAUGGCUUUUCUAAUCGCAAAUGAAACUGGAGCUCCACCUAUAUGGGUGAAAGGAAGGAUAUUUGAGAUGGGAUCGAGUGGGAUUAGCAGCCUGGGAAACCAUGAGGAGAGGAGGACACAGUGUCUCAACGAUUUCACGGCUAUGUAUGGCCGUAUGCCUUUGGUUGCAACCAACGUGAAAGCCAUUGACAGCCGAAGCAGUUGGCUCUGGUGAUUGUGAUCAUAGUGCUUAUGUAUAGGUAUGCGUUAGUUAGUUAACUUGCUAGGCUUCGUACACUCUUUUUAAUUCAGAUGUUGGAUAACAGUUGCAAUGAUUCAUUUGUCAACUAUUUUGAUCAAUCAAUAAUAGGAGAGUUCUAUUUCUUAACAAA